AUGCGUUCGACUUUGUUGCUUGCAGCUUUGGCUGCUGGCUGUGUUAGCGCCUUUGAGAAGCGUGUCUACGUGACCGACUGGACCACCGUUACUGUCACCGAGACUAUUACAGCGCCCACCGUUACCGAGACCGUUCCUGCCGUUGAGAAGGUGCCCGUUGUGAUUACGACCUCGACCUCUGUGGCGGACGUCGAGGCCAAUACCGACCUCUUCAAGAAAUCCACUGUUCCCCCCGAGUCUGCUACCUCCGCGGCCCCUGUCGUUCCUGUAUCAACUGAGGCUGCUACAACUGAAGCUGCUAAGACUGAGGCUGCUCCAACCGAGGCUGCCUCGACUUCCUACUGGUCCACCGCCUGGACCUCAACUAUCGAGGCUGCUGCUCCUUCUUCGACUCUGGCUACCUCCACCUCCGCCUCCAGUGCCUCCAGCGCUACCGCCUCGGCCACAAACGCCUACCAGCAGGCCGUUCUCUACAACCAUAACAUUCACCGCAGCAAUCACUCUGUCUCCUCGCUUGAGUGGUCUGCCGAUCUUGAAUCUAGCGCCCAGACCCUUGCCGCUCGCUGUACCUACGAGCACGAUACUUCCAUUGAUGGCGGUGGCUACGGUCAAAACAUCGGUUACGGUGUCGAGGCCAGUGAUGUCGGUGUGAUGAUCACCAACCUGAUGUACAACGAUGAGAUCGAGUUCUUCCCCACCCCUUACGGUGAAUCCGACCCCAGCAUGACCGACUUCGACAAGUGGGGUCACUUCAGUCAGAUCGUCUGGAAGGCGACAACCCACGUUGGCUGUGCCACUGUGGUUUGCAACCCCUUGGGCAACGUUGACUCCUCCGAGGCCCUACCAUUCACUGUUUGCAACUACUCCCCGGUGGGUAACGUCGGUGGUGAAUAUGGUGAUAACGUGCUGAAGCCUGAUGGCGGUGCUACCUACUCUGCCUAA